AUGAAGUUUCUGGAGUAUACACCUCUGGACAGGUAGCUCUUGAGCUUUAUUUUCUUAUGAUAAAGUUUUUUACUUGAUCUCAUCAGAAUGCUUGGAGAAAUAUACUUCGUAGGCAAAAUAUUCAGAAAUUACUUUUUCUCGAAUUAUGUUAUUAUUUUUCAGGUUUAGUAUUUUCCUGAGUCAUUUAAACCUCGGGGAAAGCAUCAUCAGGGGAAGCGUGGAAGCAUACUCAUGUAAGCACAUUCAGUCAUCCUGAUUAUUUCCUGUAAUUUCCCUACUAAUUAUCUUCGCGUCCGAUGGCAAUGAAAAAAAAAAAUUCUGAGCCAAGAAAUAGCAGAAUAAAUAUUUAUUUAUUUAUUUUUCUUUUUUUUUCUUUCAAAGGCAAGAAUACCGUGUCCGAUCAGAAGCUCUCCUUUAGCCUAGAGCAUCAGGUAUCAAAGUCUCCAGUUUACCCUGGAGUCAUAUCCUAGUACCUGAUUUAUUUCUUUUACUGUGUCAUGAUUGUUAUGCUUCACAUGGAAAGCAUAUUCUUUUCCAUCUCAUACUUUGUUAUUUUUCUCACUCUAGAUCCUUGACUAUAUCGGGCAGUCUUCAGACAGCGACUCCCCAUCGUCAGUGGGCGACUUGUGCCGCAGAUCAAGGUGAGUGGGACUCCUCAUCUGUGCCUCAUUCCGAAAACUGUCCAUGGCUGCUGACUCCAUCUUCUUCUUCUGUGCUCCAGCCGGAAAACCCUGAUCUAUCUGGUUCUCACUCUGAGUCACAUGUACCCAGACUACGACUUCAGGUAUUCUCCCUUCUAUCUCAAUACCCAGUCGAUAAAAAGAAGAAAUUUAUGUCGUAAAUGAGCUCCAAGGAGAGAGAGAGAGAGGGGAUCUUUGGGUAAUGCCACUGUCAGCUUAUUGGGCGACGUGGCAACCCGCUGUGCAUCCUUCCCUCAAAGCCUCUGGAAGUGUUGUCAAAUGGUUUGACAGAUGGCCUCGGGGCCAUCGCUCUUGAAGGAGCUGAGAGUUCGAGUCUCUCCAUUUCCUAUGUGGUUUCGUGGGCUUCAUUCACUUGUUCAUGUUCCACUGGUAAGCUUCUGACGGUGUUCGGCCUGACAGUGCAGUUAGGGCCCAUCUUUUCUUCAAAGAGGAGGAUUGGAACAGCUUCAGGCAGAUGUUUGAGACCUACCUCUUUGAAGUUGCCGAGGUUUGGGAUUAUUCCCCCUCUGUUUAUUUCCUUUCGUCCAUGCUCUACCUCUUGCAUUGCACUUCUUGGUGGCCCAUCUCACAGAGAGAGAGAGAGAGAGAGAGAGAGAGAGAGAGAGAGAGAGAGAGAGAGAGAGAGAGAGCGGGAGACUUAAUGGGCUUCAAACCUCUAAAAGAAUGGAAAUUGGGCCGAAGUGCAUUGCCAUCUCUCAUCAAGCAUAUCUGACGAGGCAUUGACCCUGGAUGAUCCCAUCAAAUGAGCCCGCCCUUCUUGGGACAUUGCCCCGAGUAGGUUCCAUGAUGGGUUUCACCUCAUGUCCAAAUGGGCCUCAUCUCCUACUCCGAUUUGCGCUCGUUUUUUUUUUCUUUAAUAAAAUUGCAUUUAUCUGUGACAUCAAGAUGGCUACUUCAUGAAUCUGUGGAGAGAAUCGCAAGUGAACCAACUCAAAGAAGGGCCCAAUGAGCACGGUAACUGGGUCUGUUUUCAAAAUUAAAUAUCGUGAAAACUUGCAUUCCAUCCCCCCUCGGAUCACAAGAACUCUUCUGGAUUCCUGCUGAGAAGGAGAUCUUUUUCUUUUUCUUUUUCUGUAUGAAUCCGAUUCUUCCGAGUUUUCUUCAUGUUUUAGUUGAAUAAAGAUCUUAGAGGAAGAAAGCCAGGGUCUUUAGAGAAGUGUCUUAUACUUCAUUCUGAUCCGGAGAUUAUGUCGAGACAUUGGGUUUUAAUCACGCUCAUGGGUGUGGUUCCAGGAAUGGGCUCUGGAGAACGACGGCAGCUCUCUUCUGGACGAUAUGAGUAAGGCUAUUGACGAGGUGGGGCCCGCAGUUUUAGUCAACUUCCUCAUCGCGUAGUCAGCUCUCGUCGCACUUUUAGUCAACCCUCCAUCCUUGUCCCUCCCCCUCAGGUCAUGAAGCUCGACGAGUGUGAGAUCUACAGUUACGAUCCGGACUUCGACGGCGACCCGUUCCUGGAGAAAAGAGCCAUGUAAUCCCCCCGAGGGCCCGCCCUUCUUCCCCCCACCUCGGAGGCGCUGACCUAGGGUUCUUCUGUCCCUCCCGCAGAUGGUCCUUCAACUUUUUCUUCUACAACAAGAAGCUGAAGCGGGUGGUCAGCUUCAGAUGCUGCUGUUCGAGGUGGGUACCGGAGCCCCUCAGUUUUUUCUCAUCUGUCACAAGAUCCAACCGAAGUCCUUGCGCAGAAUCCAUCGAAUGACUGACAAGGAAGGCUUCUUCUGUUCUUGAUGGGCAGCAACCUGGGGUCUGAAGGGGGCCUCGCCGAGAAGAUGAUCGAGGAGUCCAACGACGACGAUGCGAUCUUCAAUGACAUGGACAUGUGA